GUGACAGGAAGUAGAUUCAUUCUGUGUGUGCUUUUUUUCUAGUGUCUCAUUAAGAAACCGGCAUGAAGGCACACAAACACUCAGCCUCUGGUUGGUUGGGGAGCCUGGCCAACCUCUCCCUCCGACGCCCGUUCUCCCGACGUAAGGUCUCCGCCCCGCCACUGGAAGGGAGCAGGACCUGGCCCAGUGACGACACGGCAACCAGCCCCCAACUGUGGGGCUACGCCCGCUCUAGUGCCAUGUACACCCACGUGGGAACAGUGCCUCGCACAGAUAGGCAGCAAAACAGGAUGAACAUAGAAGAGGAGGAGGAAGGGAGGGUAGUCAGAGAUCAUGUGCAGGACUCCCCACUGCUCAGUGCUCUGUCCAGCCUCAGUCUCAACGCUCUGGAUCAGCCCAGCUGUUCUCCGGCCACACCGGACGCGGACCAAGUUGCUUCAGCCACACAGGACGUGUCCCAAGGUGCUCAGGCUACACUGGACACAUACCGAGGUGACCCGGUUCUGCAGGAGGUGUACAAAGGUGCUCUGGCAGGAUUGGAUGUUUCCAAAAGUAGUACAGCUCCGCAGGAUGUGUACGUGCACAUGGAUGCCAUAAGUGAUGUUGUUCGCCGGCGGGAAAUCACAAAUUACCCACAGCAAGAGGAACACUUGCACAGUCCAUGUGAUUUGAAGGACAGAGGCGGCGAAUACGUAAGGUUCUCCAAGGACAAGAAGUUCGGGCUGGAGAAACAGCUGCAGGAGGAACUGAAGCUGAGCACAGCCUACCUGAAGAGCCACGCCUGGUACCACGGACCCAUCACUAAAGAGGUGUCCGAGAACCUGGUGCUGAACCAGGGUGAUUUCCUCAUUCGAGACUCAGAACUCUGCCUGGGCGAGUAUGUCUUGACUGUCCACUGGGACCAGAAAACAAUUCACCUCCCAGUCCAGACCACAGCAGUCCGAUGUGGGGUUCACUACAGCCUAGACCAGGAGGUAUUCGACUCACUUCCCGCUCUGGUGCGCUUUUAUGCGGGCAGUAGGGCGCCGCUGACCCGCCGCUGUACCGCCAAGUUCCAUCAACCGGUCAACAGGACACUGCCGCUAAGCUACCUGGAGACCGUCUUUGGUCCCCCACCAUACCAGUGGCCCCCAAGCCAAGCAGAAGAGCCUUGCCCAAGAAGCCCCUCAUUGUUGCAUCGAGACCAACAACAGCCUGCGCUCUCUUCCUCCACUGACAACAUGACUCUUCAGUCUACCAGCACCAACCAAUCACAAUCUUUCUCCAAAAGCUUGGAUUCUGUGCUUCCUGAACUCAACCAUGAUAUCCAGAGGCCAGAUUCGGAUGACAGCGGCUACACAGAGCUAUUUCCGGGCCCUCAGAGCUUCGUAGAGCGGCUCCGUAAUGAGGAGGCACCAAGGGCGGUGGACCUUUGCCUCCGUCCUAUAGUAGAGACUGUGUCAUCCUUCUCACCCACCAAAUACUGCUCACCACUCAUGCCCGUGGAGAACAAGCCCCUGGAGGUGGGGAUCCUGCACCAGGUGAAAGAGCUCCUAGCCAGGGUGGACCCUCAGACGGCGGCUCAACACAUCACAAAGUGGGACUGCACGAUCGCUCACAUCUUGGAGAUGUGCCCAGAAAUGGAAAUGAUGAUGGGAGCCAGCUCAGGGGUGGAGCUGCUCACGCUUCCGCAUGGACAGCAACUCCGAUUGGACCUGCUGGAGAGGCUGCACACUAUGGCGACCAUGUUGGCUGUCAAUGUUUUGGGAUGCACCGGCACCACUGAAGAGCGAGCCUGCGUGCUGCAUAGAAUGAUCAGCAUAGCCGCUGAGCUCAAGAACAACAUGGGCAACAUGUUUGGAUUCUCUGCCGUCAUGAGAGCGCUUGAGCUGCCACAGGUGGCUCGUCUGGGACAGACAUGGACGGCGUUACGGCAGCGGCAUACAGAGGGCGCUGUUCUCUAUGAGAAAACUCUUAGGCCCUUUAUGAAGAACCUGAAUGAGGGCCAAGAAAGCUGGCCCACAUCAGGGACCACCUUCCCUCAUGUCCUGCCACUGUUGUGGCUUCUGGAGAAGAGUGCAGCUGUGGUUGAGGGGUUCCAGGGCGCCAAGACUUUGGAUGCUCCUGAGGCCAGCCUGGACGUGGACUUAGACGUGCUCAUGUUUCAACUGGAGGCUGCCAGGAACACCGCCCAGCUCGGGGCGGUCUACGCUGCCAAUGCCCGCAGCAAACUCCAAGAUUUCCAGGAACAGGCGGACAUCUCAGAGGUCUUCUGCACGGACUUCCAGAUGCGGCUGCUUUGGGGUAGCAGGGGAGCGGUGGAGAGCCAGGUGCGGCGUUAUGCGAAAUUCAACCAAGUGCUGACUGCCCUGUCUAACAGGCUGGAGCCUCCAUCAUGCUGACUUUAAGACAAGGUCGGGAAAAUGCUUUUCAGAUAAUGGAACGCAACACGGGAAAUUAGCUCAAAUGGGAUUCGCGUAGCUUGUGAAAGGUCGUGGGAUAGGAUUCUCCGAAUAACUGUAUUUCUUACAUAGAUAGAAAUGACUACUUAUUAUCAAGAUUCAAUAUCUCUGAUGCGAUUUUUAAAAUGUAUCCAUUAGUUUAAAAAAAAUUUCUUAUUGAUGUUAUCUAUGUAUGGAGUGGACACUCAUGAAACGAGCACCUCACAAUACGGUUUUUCACGAUACGAGCAUCUUCACAAGAGAAAAUGAGUCUCAUUAUGCGAGCAAUGUUCACCAUACGAGCGCCAAAAAAAGCCUUUCCCUGGCAUGGAGUGUUUAAGUGUCUUGGUGUCCCGCUAGGAGGGUUAUGAGCAGUUCGCAUCAACAGAAUCCAUCCAUCUGCCCUCAUCUUGCCUCAUCCAUAUUGUCUAAUUUUGUAUCGAAGUGCAUCUAAAUCAUUUGUGCUUACACGUGAACAAUAACCGUGUCCUCCAGGAAAAUGGCGAGCCAAGACAGUGGUGAGAGAAAGAAAUUAAUGCUCAGAAUUGAAACAAAGCAAAAAAUAGUAGGAAAACCUGAAAAGAGUGCGAGUUACUGAUCUUACUAAAGAGUAUAAGUGUUCAAGUUCUACAAUCUAGUAAGUGCUUGUAUAUAAAUAACAUUGUUUUUAUACUUCGAAUUUCUUUUUUAAAUUAUUUAGCCCUAAAAAUGCCUUGAAUUAUUAUUUAGAGGAAACAUAGAAAGUGCUGCACACAUUCACUGAAAUUUUAUUAAUACUUAUGGAGAAACGAUAGGAGUAAUAAUAAGGUAAAGAGUUCAAAGUAGCGGCUCAUUAUUUGAAAAUUACAGAGGUUUAAAAGAUAGUGGUAGAAUAAAUUACAUACCCUUUUUUAAAUUAAAAAACGUUAAUUGAAUUUUAUUCUUUUCCUUUCGGCUUUUCCCGUCAGGGAUCGCCAGAGCGAAUCGGUUGUCUCCAUCUAAAGCCUGAGUUUUGCUUCUGCGUUGCGGUGAUGGCGUAGCGACUACGGCGUCAGUGAGCAUUCGAUAGUUCUGCGGCAAAGGAACGCGUUUCUCUGUAAUUCACCACCAAGCCACUAGAGGGGUGUGGCGUUGUGUUUGUAUGAUUUUGAGGGACUAUUGUCGACUUCCUGUAGUUUUCCUGAUUACACAACAAUGCCAAUGGAGAUGGGACUCUUGAAUGUGGAUCGUCAGUUCAUCAACAUUGAACAACAAAUGUUGAUCAUAUAAAUGUUGAGGCACAGACGACGCAGAAGACUAUUGCGGAGGUGGUCUGUCUGACUGUUGAUGUUGCACAGACACUGGCAGUCACAUUACAAAUUCUAGCAUCGGUGGAAGCCAGCAAGCUGCGUUGUCCAGCGUUUUGUCCGAUUUCUUUGCAGUGUCCCACAACCAGCCAGUGGGAAGCCAUAGCAGAUCUGGCUGCUAUGGAACUUCCCAAACUGCGUUGGAAGGUUUGAUGGUAAACACGUUAUCAUAAAAGCCCUGAGGCACUCUCAAUCAGUGAUGAUGUAUGAAGUGUGUGAACUGUCUUUUAUUGAAAAUUUAACAUCAAAACAAAUCUUUUUACACCAAACCUGUGUUUUAUUCUUCAUAUACUUGAAAUGUGAAAUGUAAAUAAGUCACAGACUCACAGCAAACACAUGUACACAAUAAAUGAUAAAGUGCACCAAACAAAAUUACGACAUAAAGUGAUAAAAAGCUGGCAGUUUUUGGCCGACUGUGUCACCGCUUCGUGUGGCUAUUCGUUUCCAAAUACAUACAUACUUGUCUCGGAGGUUCCUCCAUUUUUUUAUGCAAUCGCUGACCUCCAGCCCCGUAUUUUCAGCAAUCUCCUUCCACGAAUUGCUUACCAUUUGCCAAAUGGCAUUUGUCAAUCAGUAGCCACGUUUACAUGCUGACUUUUAUUCAUACCGAUUCAAAUCAUUCCGAAUGGAAAUUUCAGAUCAGCUGUUUACAUGUCACUUCAUCUAUUCCGAUCCAGCGUUUACAUGUGACUGCCUUUAUUCCGAAAGGACGUUUGACAACUGCCGUCUGACAUGCGCAGAUUAAUCAAAACAAAGCGUCACGUUGCAAAACAUGGAGAUUGAUCGUCGGAGUGCUGCUGUUUUAACUUCAACCCACUUGUUGUGUUUGUGGGGUCGUAUCCGCUUCUGCUGUUUUGCUCUUUUGCCUUGUAGUAGCCGGUUAUCCACCGGUUUAUAAUCUGGUCAACGAUCCGGUCUAUUCCGGCUUCAUGUAACCUCUCGUGAACUUUUUUAAAUAGUUCACUGUUCCUCGUUUUACGCCCGUCUAAGCGAGCGAUUAUAUUCAAUUCUUUUAAAGUUUGAAUUAAAUACAAUCUUUCCGCCGGACUCCAAUUAGGUGCGCUGUGCCAUGGAAGCCAUGUUGCAAGUGACGUUACUUACGUCACAAAGUGACGUCACCACGUCAGUACGGAGCAUGUGCAGAAAGAACGCAACCAGACACCAUUCCGCUUCCCUGUUUACAUGAUAUAAAUUUACUUCUAAUCGGUUUGGGAAAAGGAAUAUUCCACCCCUGUGAAUCGGAAUGAAAUUCCAUUCGGUUUGGGCCUGUUCAUUCCGAAUGAGGUGUUUAUAUGGAACACAUUUAUUCGGUUUGAACAAAUAUUCCGAUUGUAAUUGGAAUAUUUGGCUCCAUGUAAACGUGGCAAUUGUAAUGUCUCGACGAGACAUUUGAGCGUGUAAACGUGGCAAUUGUAAUGUCUCGACGAGACAUUCAUGGUUGUCUUACUUGCGGACCUCUCUAAUGAUCCUCUCGUCUGCUUGGUCCAUUUUUGUGUGUAGCACAACAAUGUUUGGAAAUGGCGGUGAUUUCGCGCUGAACUGGAAACAACAGUCUGAGCGGACCAAUCACAGUCCAUUUGCGUCACGUCAACGCAGUCAGGAUUCUAAUUAAGUACACGUCAGUCUACGGCGGAGGGUCAUAAAUUGGGUCUGCCUUGACGACGGAGGUCUGCAGCAGAAGCACAACUCGGCCUUAACCCUGUCCUCUGUAUCCUCUGCUCUCAUUCCACCGACCUUCAUGUAAAUAAUAAAAAUAGAUAUUUACAAUUAUAUUGCACAUUUUACUUUUACAGUGUCUUAAUAUACUAUAUACUUGGCACAUUUAUAAUUUGUCAAAAACCAUUUCUAUUCAGAAUGCAUUUAAGAUGGAAUAUUUCUCAUAUUUUAUGUAAUGUUUCAUUUUAUUUUUUGGUUUAUUUAUUAUUUUCAUUUAGAUUUUCCUCCGUUUUAAGUGUUAAUUGAUUUAAUAAAAAAAUUCAAAAAUAUUUAUUUGAUUUUUGUUUGUUUUAGUUUUAUUUAUUAUUAUCAAUAAUAUUAUUUUAAGACCAGUUGGCAUGGGGGCGAUUAUAGAAAUAAAAAUUAAAUUGAUGUAUUAAUUUAAGAUUAAAACAAUUUGAACAAGUUUAAAAAUAAUCAAUUCUUAAUGUAAAACUUUAAUAUAAAACAGUUGAGCUUUUUAGACAAUGGCAAGAUGCGUGUCAAAAUUAAUAAUUUCUUUCAAAUAUUCAAUUCAGUCAAUUAUGUUGUCUGAAAGUAACGCGUCCAGUGUAUCUGCCCCUAAUAUGGAAAAAGGAAAUAACGCCUAAAAAAUGAAUGAUCGAGGUUGGCUGUAACCAGGGACUUCUUCUGACAUAAUCCAAUAAUUAUCCAUGAAGUUUUUGGCUCAGGAGUCCUUUUCACGGACACGCUCUUCAUCCAACUUCCAUCCGUCCACUGUCCUAGACACCUUCACUCCUCACAUUCAGAACUUAUAGAACUUUAGCAAGUAGAAUUUAUGUUUUUAUGAAUUUAUGGUAUAAAAAUGGUCGGGCGGGACCUGCAUAAACCUGCUGGAUUACACUGCCGACACUGUUAAAAAAUGUUGAAUUUUUGAGCGUUUUUUUUUUUUUUUUUAAUUAUUAUUUUUAAACUAUAGAUAUUACUGUGAUGUUAAUGUUCCUAAUCAGACUCCACAAUUUAUCAUCUACUUGGCAGCUAAUUGGUUAUCAAAUCAACAACAAAUCGUCAUGGUUUGAGUUAGGUUCUGUCAAGUUUGUACACUAGUGUUUCUUGUCUUUAUGAUUGCCCAUUUAUUUUACCUGUCAUUGAGUGUCGAUCAAUCCGCUGCCUCUGGUGGCACCCACCUGUUCCUCAUUGUCUCCCAUAUCUGUGUACCUAAGCUCGCCAUGUUUAGCAAUUUCUUGUUGCGUCAUUGUCAAUUUCAACAUCCGUGCCUUAAGUGUUCUUGUGCCCCGUCUUGCCUUGUUAAGGGUAAGUUAGUUUGGUAGUCUGAUUUUUUGGUUUACCUUCGUCUGUUUGGAUCCUGCCUAUUGCUUGUACCUUAUUUUGGGUCUCCUAAAUUAAACAUUUUU